GAAAUUUCCUUUCUUGAUCAGCUGUUGCUGUGGAGUAAAAGCUGCACAGUCACGUCUGUAUGUUUCACCUCUUACCUGCAGCUUUAUCUCGAUCAACUUUACAAGAGGGCGAGGCAACGUUUUUUUAUACUGUGCACUUCGUCUGUGAAGUCCACAUCUAGACAUCCAUAAUGCUGUGUGCAAAGCAAACUUUCUGCUUUUUGAUCCCCGUUUUAUUUUCCUGCAUUGCUGCAGAGCUGCAGGCACCUGAAGUCCACACAAAGCUCGGGAGCCUGAGAGGUGAGUAUGUGAGUGUAAAGGGCAAAGAGACCGGAGUCCAUGCCUUCCUGGGUGUCCCAUUUGCCAAGCCACCCAUAGGUCCUUCCCUGAGACUGGCUCCACCUCAGCCUGUAGAGGGAUGGAAAGGAGUGAGAGACGCCACCAAGCAGCCACCCAUGUGUAUUCAAAAUGCAAAGAUUUCUCUGGAUGUUGUUGAAACGAUGGGUGCCAAAAUGGCAGAUUUGCCAGACAUUUCCGAAGACUGUCUUUACCUCAACAUUUACACUCCUGCAAACAGAGCUCAAGAUGCCAAGCUUCCAGUCAUGUUCUGGAUCCAUGGUGGCUUCAUGAUGGGUUCAGCUUCAUCGUAUGAUGGCUCUAGUUUGGCUGCUUACCAAGAAGUGGUUGUGGUUCUGAUCCAGUAUCGUCUGGGACUUCUGGGCUUUCUCAGCACUGGAGAUGAACAUGUAUCAGGGAACUUUGGGAUGCUGGAUCAGAUAGAAGCUCUGAGGUGGGUCCAGCAGCACAUUCACAACUUUGGAGGAGACCCAGAUUUAGUUACCAUAUUUGGAGAAUCUGCGGGAGGAGUGAGUGUAUCUCUACUGCUCCUCUCACCAUUGUCUGAUGGCCUGUUCCACCGUGCCAUUGCUGAGAGUGGUACAGCUGCACUGGAUGUUGCUGUAACCGAUGGUCUUCUGCCAAUGACACAGAUGGUUGCAAAUGCAUCUGGCUGUAGCAUGGAAAGCACAGAGAAGAUUGGGGAUUGCAUGAGAAACCUUGAUAUUGAUACUAUUGUGACUCUUGCGGAGAAUGAACAACUGAGAUAUUCCAUAAGUGUUGAUGGACACUUCUUGAAGAAACCUGCACAUGAACUUCUUCGUGAACAUGAACUCCUCACUGUGCCAUUCAUUACUGGUGUUAAUGAUGAUGAAGGGGGAUGGAUGCUUCCUCAUAUGUUUGCUCCUCCCAACUGGACAGAAGGAGUGGAUCGUGAACAUGUUGCUAACAUGAUGUCCAUGUUCUACCCUGAUCCCAAAGAUGCAAUCAAGAGAGAUCUGAUGAUAGAUGAAUACAUUGGAACUGGUGAAGACCGUGUGAAAAACAGAGAUGGAAUGACUGAGUUGAUUGGGGAUUUUAUCUUUAACAUUGAAGCCAUUAAAACUGCUAAUGCUCACAGAGAUGCAGGUGCUGCUGUAUACCUGUAUGAGUACCAGCAUCCCCCCUCAUUUCUGCAGAAAAAAAGGCCUAACUUUGUUGGAAGUGACCAUGGAGAUGAAAUCUUUGCAGUGUUAGGUUUCUGCUUCACAACUACUCAUGUCAAAAUAACUGAACCAUGCACUGAAGAGGAGAAACAGUUGUGCAGAACCGUGAUGAGCUACUGGGGCAACUUUGCUCGCACAGGAUCUCCUAAUGGGGAUGGUCUUGCCCACUGGCCAAAGUAUGGAGCAGAAGAGGAGUAUCUGGGAAUUGGUUUGAAGGAGCAGGUGGUUGGUCGAGGCCUGAAGAAGGAUCGUUUUGUUUUCAUGACUCAGACCCUCCCAGAGAAGAUCCAACAACAUGAUGGAAAUAAGGAGCACAGUGAACUGUAAAACAAUCACACCUGUUCUCUCUGUUGCAUCAUUAAAAAAAGUAACACAGUUAAUCACAAUUAAAUCAGCCUGAAUUGCUUUAAAUAUACUGUGGGACACUGUGUUGUUAAAAUAAAGAGAUGUGACAAAAAG